AUGGCUGGAGUCUGGCGUUGUGUGUUGCCAGUGGUGGUGCUGAUGUGUGUGUGUCUGUGGGGUUCUACUGAGGCCGUAGGGGGGGCUAAGAGUCGACCGCGACCCCAAAGACCACCUCCCAGGAAGCCGAAUGUCGACCCGAUUGACUUGACCCCACCUGCACAGAACAUAGACAUACAACAGAUGACAGGAACAUGGUACCUGCUGAACACGGCCUCCAAAUGCUCCUACCUGAUAAAUCAUGGGAUGAAGGUGGAGCCCACCGUGGUGACCCUCACGCUUUCCCCUGAACAAACACUAUCUGUUAGCACCAAAACACGACGUAAUCACCAGUGUUGGGAAAUAGUACAGGUCUACAAUUUAACACCAACCCCAGGCAAGCUAAAACUUAAAGGAGCUCGUCCGGAGCUGGACACUGAGAUAGUGAUUGGAGAGAUGGUCUACAACUCCUAUGCGAUCAUGUACUACCAGAAACGGGGCCAGAUCACCAUGAAGCUCUAUGGUCGGUCUGUAGACAAUCUGUCCGAGUCUAUGUUGACCAAGUUUGAGCAGCUUGCUGAAAAACAGGGUUUGGGUCUGGCAUACCUCUUCCCCUUCCCCACCUACAGUCACUGUGGUGAUGUGGACCAGAACCAUGUAAUCAACUGUGUGCCCACAUGCUGAGGAGUCAGUGCUGACAGAUCCAGGCCUGGAGGGUUCCAAAGUUCACAAGCAAAAAG